AGCUCAGAACAUCCCACUAUGCUUUGCGCUGGUCUGACAAGUGGAUCCAAGAUGGCGUAGAAAGUAAAGCUAGACGUUUUGUCCCUGAGUCAUGGCGGACAGGAGAGCGGAGAAGUCAUGUGAAGAAGCCAGCAGAUCGUUAGCCAGGCGGGAGUACGAGGCGGCAGUCAGCCACAGCACGGACGCCCUGGUGGUCCUUGCACCGCAACCCCCACCUUCGGGUGCCCCUGUCCCACCGAGCCCUCCAUCCCUUGUCGCUGCCGCCGGACCCCUCCGCAGCCGAGCCCUGCUCUAUCGAAUUGCUGCCUUCUUGCAACUGAAAAACUAUGAUGAAGCAGAUGAAGACUGCAAACAUGUGCUGGCAGAAGAGAUUGCCAGAGGAGACGGAUCGCUACAGGCCAGCUUACGCUUCAUGCUGUUGGAUGGCAGCCUGCAGGAGGUGGCCAGCAUCCUCUCUAAAGCCUUGUAUGGGGAGCCAAUGAAUGGCAUCGUCGCAAAAGACCUAAGCAGAUUAAAAAUGCUCUUCUCAGAAAUAGAGUCAAUAAAUAGGGAGAUGGCACCUGAAUACACAGAUGACCAGGAGGAAGAGCUCCAAGAUGGCUGGCAAUUCCGGCCUCCUCCCCGAGGAGUCACCAGCAGUGAGGAGUACACCCUCUGUAAAAGGUACUUGGAGCAGGGCCUGUGUCGGUACGGGGCCCAGUGUACGUCAGCCCAUUCUCAGGAGGAGCUGAUGGAGUGGCAGAAGCGCUAUGCGUCACGCCUCAUCCGCCUCAAACAGCAGCAGGAGAGCAAACACUUCACUGAGAACUACAUGGAGACCCUGAUAGAGAAGUGGAUGAAUUCCCUCUCCCCAGAGAAAGUGUUAAGUGACUAUUUAGAAGGAGUGAAUGUAGAAACCAGCUCCAGCCUCUCCGUUACCGUCACCACCAAAAAAUCUGCCCACUCCUGGACCUUCUCCUUCUUGUGCAAGCCGGCAAGAAAGCUGUUCCGCAUCGCCCUGCUCUAUGAUGCCCACCGACCACACUUCUUCAUCACAGGUGUGUCAUCUGGGGAGCGGCUGCAAGCCCUCCCCAAUGGGUGCCAAGAGUGGACUCCAGGAGAGGAAACAGGAGUGGCAGCAGACAAUGGCCUGGACCACUGUGUCUACCAGGUAGCAGUGGGCUUCAGCACAGAAAUCUUCGGUACCUUCAGACAGACCGUUGUUUUUGACUUCGGCUCAGAACCUGUGCUGAUGAAGCGGAUCAUGGUGGAUGCUGCCUCAAUUGAAGACUUGGAACACCUGAUGGCAGCCAGGCAGCAGCUCUUGAUCACUGCAAAGCGCUGGGACUCUUCCUGUAAGACCAUCGUAGAGUUCUGUCCCAAUGAAACGAUGGCCGAUCUGGAGCGCAGCCUCCUUUCUCGCUAUCAGAUCCCUCUGUCGGCAGAUCAGCUGUUCACUCAGUCAGUCCUGGACAAGACUCUGACCAAAGACAACUACCAGGCCCGGCUGCAUGACCUGCUCUACAUAGAAGAGAUUGCACAAUACAAGGAAGUUAGCAAGUUCAACAUCAAAGUGAAUCUCCAGCUCGUCACCAGCUUCAUGCUGACGGGCAUCUCUGUUGGAGCCAAGUAUGCCCAGAAUGGACAGCUCUUUGCACGCUUCAAACUCACUGAAACGCUUUCUGAGGACACAUUGGCUGGACGGCUGGUGAUGACCAAGGUGAAUUCAGUCCUGCUGCUGCCAUUUGGCCGUGAGGGGUUCAGCAGCCAUCCGCCUCCCGGGGUCAAAGAGCGUGUUUACGAGGCUGUGAUCGAGGAGAAGACCAAGGACUACAUCUUCCUCAGGAUCUGCAAGAACUGCUGUGAUGAGCUGGGGCUACUGCCUGACAGAGAAUUACAGGUGGAGCUCCAGUUCCAGCUGAACAGACUGCCACUCUGUGAGAUGCACUAUGCUCUGGAUCGCAUCAAAGAUAAUGGCAUCCUUUUCCCUGACAUUGGAAUGGUCCCAACCAUCCCCUGGAGCCCCAACAGGCAAUGGGACGAGCAGCUGGAUCCCCGUCUGAAUGCCAAGCAGAAAGAGGCCAUCCUGGCCAUCACCACACCCGUCACUAUUCCCCUGCCCCCAAUCCUCAUCAUUGGACCCUACGGCACCGGCAAGACCUUCACCCUGGCUCAGGCUGUUAAACACAUCCUCCGCCAGGACACCAGCAGGGUCCUGAUCUGCACACACUCCAACAGUGCAGCCGACCUUUACAUUAAGGACUACCUUCAUCCUUACGUCGAAGCAGGCAACGCGCAUGCCAGACCUCUCAGGGUAUACUUCAGGAACCGCUGGGUGAAGACGGUUCACCCACUGGUCCAGCAGUACUGUCUCAUCUCCAACACACACUUCACUUUCCAGAUGCCCACAAGGGAGGACAUCCUCAGGCACCGCGUGGUGGUGGUCACCCUCAGCACCUCCCAAUACCUCUGCCAGCUUGACUUGGAGCCCGGGUUGUUCUCUCAUAUCCUCUUGGAUGAA